AUGCCUUCCAUCCUCCUCAAGACCAUUGCUCUCCUCUCGCUUGCCAGCUUCACACUCGCUGACCUUCACUCCACUGGCAUAUGCGUAGACUACAAGAACGAUGCCAUUGUGUACAACAGUGCUGCUACCAUCGCAGCUUGCACAAACUAUCGUAAUAGAAACACUGGUAGUGAACAAUGGGACCAAUGCCCCGAUUGCAACAUGAUUACAACUGGGACUCCACAUUGUCGAUCCGAUGCUUGGCAUAUUGGUGGUGAUGAGUGGUACUACUAUUGCCAGCAAAACAAAGCAGGUGAUUCUUUGGCAAACUAA